ACCUUUCAUGGCAGCAGCUCGCGGAGCGGCAACCUACCCCACUACAAACAAACACCCUCAGCGCGAGAUUAAGCGGCAUUUCGUCCUCGCGUUGCGUAACGGGUGCCGUUUAGUUAUAUUUAAUUCAAAAGUGUGUAUUUGUGAAGGUAAAUACAGGAUAUGGUUCACAAUAAAGCGCAGGAUUCACGUCCUUUCUGGUAACGUUAGGCAGUAGGUUUAAAGAGCCUUGCUGAGGGCAGUUGAUCUGCUGGGCGUGUAUGGCUUAAGGAAGACAGGAGAUAGGAUCGUUUGCUAUGUGCCUCUUGUAUGUGAAUAAUGUACAGUGAUGGUGCCUUCUCAGACCCACGUGAUGCUCAAGUGGCAGGAGCACUUGAACAGCUCCUGGGCGGCGGAGGACAGCGUUCAGACCGCCACACGGCACGGAGCGGCAGCUCUCUAUGCAAAACUGGUCUACAACAAGGAGGUUGUGGGCUUGGCCCAACCAGUGCAGGACCUAAUGGGUCCACGCUUGCCUGACUUCCAGUACGAAUCCAGCGCUGAGGAGGAGAAGGAGGAAUAUCUGUCUGCGCUGCUCCACAGUCAGCGAUGCCUUGCCCAACGCAUGCUGGCGAGGACCCCUUUUGCCCUAUCCCUGCACCACAGACUGAUGAUCCUCCAGAGGGUGUUCUACUCCCUCCAUAGCAAGUAUCACGACCGAUUCCGAGCACCGCUGCCUCCCCAGCCCUCAUCCUCCAAUGCAGAAGGGGGCACUCUAGAGUCAGUGUCUGAGCCUUGGCCAACAGGCAGUUCCCAUUCAAAGUCGGGCACAGACGUUCUUAUUGAAAUGGGAGUCCGGACUGGGUUGAGUCUCCUUUUUGCCCUACUGAGGCAGAGUUGGCAGCGUGGGAGUCUUGAGAACCCACCGGACGUUGCUCUGUGCAACGAGGUACUGGCAACAGCGUCUUCAGUCCUGGCCGCCCUGCCUCCUCUUUCCUUGGCCAACGAGAACAAGAUCCCGACAGUGGGGCUUGACUGUCUUACACAAGUUGGAGACUUCCUAAAGAAGACGGCGGUCAGCGGCUCCGGGGCGGAUCGGGCGGGUCGCAGGCUAUCCCUGGAGCUCCUCCUCUCGUUAGCCUUACAAAGAGGAUCCUUGCGCUUCCUUCUGGAGUGGGUGGAGGUGGCGCUGGCUGCCUCCGCUUCCUCCACCAUGUCUGAAACAGUUGGAGUGGGUUACGAGCUGAUCCAUCAAACCAUGCAACAGAUGCGCCAGCACACGGUGGUGGUGUGUGUGUCUGCUGGAUACAGACACAGCGCUGCGGUGACUAAUGACGGAGAGCUGUACACCUGGGGGGAAGGCGACUUCGGUCGACUCGGUCACAGCGACAGUCACAGUCGUAAUGUGCCCACUCUGGUGAAGGACAUCAGUGGAGUCGGGCAAGUGGCCUGUGGCAGCUCUCACACCAUCGCUGUGGCUCAAGAUGGACGAAUCGUCUGGUCCUUUGGAGGAGGAGACAACGGUAAACUGGGACAUGGGGACACAAACCGUGUGUACAGGCCUAAAGUGAUAGAAGCCCUACAUGGCUUCAUUAUCAGAAAAGUGUGUGCUGGGAGCCAGUCGUCACUGGCGUUGACAUCUGCUGGCCAGGUGUUUGCUUGGGGCUGCGGCUCGUGUCUUGGCUGCGGCUCAUCUGAAACCACCUCACUCAGACCUCGCCUGAUCGAGGACCUCAGUAUCACAAAAAUCAUAGACAUUUCCUGUGGAGACAGCCACUGUCUCGCUUUGUCUCAUGAAAACGAGGUGUUUGCUUGGGGCAACAAUGCCAUGGGGCAGUGUGGGCAGGGCCAUACCUCAACGCCAGUCACCAAACCCAAGAAAGUGAUUGGUUUAGAAGGGGUGUCAAUACAGCAGAUUACUGCAGGCACCUCCCACAGCCUGGCCUGGACAGCGGUUCCCACUGACAGGCAGCUGGUGGCUUGGCACAGGCCGUUUUGUGUGGAUCUGGAGGAGAGCACGUUUACGUACCUGCGCAGUUUCCUGGAGCGUUACUGUGAUAGUAUCAGUGGGGACACACCACCUGCACCUUUCCCCUCUAAGAGGGAACAUCACCAGUUCGUGUUGUUGUGUAUGAAACUCUUGUCCAUCCACCUGUCGUUGGCCCACGCAGGAGGAACGGGGGCCACAGUGCUGGGCGCUCAGGGUCAGCCCCUCAGGAACCUGCUCUUCAGACUCAUCGACUCUAAUGUACCAGACUCCAUACAACAGGCGGUAAUGACCACGCUCUCUAUGGGAGCGUCUCUGUUGCUGCCUCCUCUCAGGGAGAGAACGGAGCUGCUGCACUCGCUGUUACCACAGGGUCCAGAGAGCUGGGAAAGCCUCUCUAAAGGACAGCGUCUACAGCUGGACAUGGUGCUGAACAGCCUGCAGGAACAGAGUCACGUGGCGUCCCUGCUGGGAUACAGCUCACCUGGGGAGUUGAGCGCAGGUCUGGCACUGCCGCCCACCCCUGACCGCCCCACAGGAAGUGCUAGCUCUGGCUCAGAAUCUCCAGACCAACUCCACCUGGCUGAAGUGCUACUGAAGACCUUGCUGCUCAGCAUCGGGUUCUAUACAGUCAGUUCCAACAGUUCUGUGCUGUUUGGUUCGGUGGCGGGGAGUCUGCUGUGUCAGGUGAUGUACUCUCUGCUCCUGCUGCCAUUGGCUGUGGUCAAACCCCUCCUUCCUCACCUGCUCACUCUGCUUGAACAUCUCAAUGAGCUCAACUGUUACCUGCCCAACACUGCGCACCUGGAGGACAUGGAGCUGGAAGGAACUUCAGAUGAAGCAUCUGAAACCUCUGAGCCAAUCACAGUGCCAGAGCCAGAAGACUGGGCGUGGCUACUAGACCUGGAGAGGUCUGUAGCUCUUGCCAUUGGCCGAUGCCUGGGAGGUAUGCUUCAGGGCCCACCCCCUUCCAUCCAGGAGAAGACAGCAGAGUUCUGGCUGUGUAACCCUCUCCUGAGAAAUGGGCUGGAGAUAGACUUUGAACAGCUGGACUGGGCAAUGGGUUGGCUGACUGAGGCCGUGUUCAUGGGUUGUGGAGACGUGAGACUAGCCGAGCUGCUGCUGUCAGAAGAGAACACAACAUUAGUGGAACUCGCUCUUGGCUCACUGCGAGAACCUGCCAGUGCCCUCUGGAGGAAGAUGAAGGAGUAUGCGGCGAGUCGAGACUGGGACAAUAGUGGAUCAGUGGGAGACUCUCUGUUAGAGACGGCGUGUCGCUGUAGUUUGGCCGCUCUGCUCAAACAUGCCGGCCUUCAUGAAGCCUACUGGCAGGAUAAAUAUGAGCCCUGUGAGGUGCUGAUUGAAAUAUAUCAGGUGGUGUAUAAAAUCCGCAGCAUUCUGCUGUCUUAUAAAGAGAGCAUAGGAAACACAACCAGCGUCCAAACAACUACCACCAAACAGGCCUCAUUGGGCUCCCAGAGCCCCAGUGAGGAGAGGCAGGAAGCGGGCAGUUCUGGAGAGCAGACAGGAAGAGACACAGAUCCCAGCAGCCUGAAGCCCCACACAGCUGAACACAACCAGGACGAUCCCUUAGAGGAGGAAACGCCCAGCAUCAGCAGUAUGUACCUGCCGGAGGUGCUGCAGUGUUUCCUGGCCACCCGUGAGGCCAUGCAGCUCCAACAGAACGAGACUGUGUACGAGUCGUCUGGCACUAGCACGUUACCCAGCAGCACUGAGAGCCCUGGGACGCCAGACAGGGAGCCCCCCCAGCAUCCCUGGGACCACCACAGCAUCACCGACCAGGGCCUGUCCUUCCCAGCAGCCUGCCACCUGCUGGUCUCACGCUGCCUUUUCCUGCUGCUGGGGGUCCGAGCUGCUUGGCAGGAGGAGAGUGUGUCAUCAAAGACGCCCACUGAGAGCAGCUUGGCCAGAUCUCCACCCUCCUAUGAGGCGUUAGGAUCAAAGAUGGAGUUACAGUCUUCUUCUGAGAGAAGAUUCAGUGAAAGAGAGACACCAGAUGAAUCUAAAAGCUCCUCAGGGUCAUUCAAAAAUAAAAUUGGCCUUCCACUCUGUUCUUUGGGCAUCAUGAAAGAUGCCUGGGAGCGACUGCGACAGUGCAUCAGUCCCACUACUGUGCUGUGCCCGGGCGGAGGUGGCACACCCAUCCUGGGCCAGGUCUUCCAUUUCCUGUGUAGGAGCCUCCUUCAAACCUCUUCUCUGGUGGACAAAGAUGGAGGUGCACAUGUGGAUCCCAAAGCCAUCACCAUAGCCAUGGCACAGCAACACCAAAGAGCUCAGGUUCGUUUGGAGGCCUUGUGUCAGAUUUCCUCUUUCUUGUCAGAGAUGGAGGAAAAGAGUGUCAGCUCUCUAGCGCCUCCUCGUUUUCCAGGCCUCUUGCAGUCAGUGCAGCUGCAGUUCCUCUCUGGCUGCUUUGGUCUGGGAGCCCCGAUCACCGGCAGUCUAGCGGCACCUAACAACAAGAUUCACCAUUACACCGCUGGGACUCAGUCGGCGCCCAUCAGUGUUCAGAGGGAGUUACAGUCUGCAGCUCACACGCUGUACCAGCAACUGGUGCGUGUGCUCAGACAGAAAGUGGCACUAGAGAGAGAACAGGCUGGCUCUUAUCAGCACCUGCUGUUAGCUACAGUCUUCGCUCUGAACUUCCACUAUCAGCCAGUGGAUCUGGUGGUGAUAAUUAAAUGUGGCGUCCUGGAGAUCUUGUCCACUCUGACUGAUAACACCUGUGUGCUGGUGAACCAGCGCUGGCUGGCCGCCUCCAUGUCCGGUCACAUGCAGCUCGGUGGGGCGGUGAAGCUGGCCGCUGCCAGACUCCUGCAGAUAUUCGCCAUAGCGGCCAGUUCCUGUGAAGAGGCCUUGCCAUUGGAAGUGUCCCAGGCUCUCAUGGAUGUAAUGAGCGAGCAGCUGCAGGGAUUGUUACAUGCAGUCCACCAGCAGGAGGUGCUAGAGAGGGAUUCCACAGAGCACAUCCAGGAAGAAACUUCCAAACAAGAAAGUGCAGAUGAAGUUCGUAGCAGCAGGGUUGUGGAGUCCCAGCUUGCUGACUUUCUAGUCUUCCUAAGACGCAUUUUGUCUCUAAGGGUCGCCAAAAGAGUCUCCGCGUUUGUCAAGUGGAUUGAUCCACUGAUGACGAUUAUCUUGUACAAAUGCAACUCUGGAAAUCCACGCUUUCACAACCUGCGGACGAAACUGCUGGCCUUCCAUAUUCUAGAAACUCUUCUCCCUGUCUGUUCAGACCCUGUUGUCAUGAAACAGAUUGUUGAUCAAUUAUUUAGCCUUUUGUCCACAUACAUGUGGGAGGAACCUCUGGCCCUGAGGAAAAACUUAGAAAAAGAGAGAACUUUGGAGAACUCAAAUAGGGACAACAGAAGUGAAGAUGAAUGUAUUCCUAUUGGUGAUUUCUCUUUCGACCCUCAUAAACUGAUCUGUUGUUCUCUGGAGAGCGGGAAUGUACUCUCUCAUGGAUCGGGGGGAAAAGGGUACGGUUUGGCCACCACUGCCAUCACAUCUGGAUGUUUCAUCUGGAAGUUUUAUAUCACUAAGGAGAAUAGAGGAAAUGAAGGGACAUGUAUUGGAGUGUCCCGAUGGCCCAUCCGGGACUACAACCAUCGCACCACCACAGACAUGUGGCUGUACCGGGCCUACAGCGGUAGCCUGUAUCAUGGAGGAGAGUUGGGCCGAGCUCUGCCCUCCUUCACCCAGGGCGACACCAUCACCUGCAUCCUAGACAUGGAGGCCAGAACAAUCUCUUUCGCCAAAAACAACAGGGAGCCCAAGCUAGCGUUUGAAGGAGUGGAUGCCACAGAGCUCUACCCCUGUGUUCUUUUCUACAGCAGCAACCCAGGAGAAAAGGUGGCGCUAUGUGACCUGCAGAUGCGUGGCAUUCCUAGCAAUCUUCUGCCAGGGGAGCCCUUGUGCAGCCCAAGGGCCACAGUUCUGCUGGAAUCCACCAUUCAGCUGCUAAGACAACUGUACGUGAACGAUGACUGGGUUCAACAUAUCAACCAGCACAUGCUGAACAAACUACAGCUCAUCAACCCUCUCAUGAGAGAGGGACAAGGCAAGAUAGCAGGUCAUCCCAAUAAGGAGUCCGAUGAGAAAUGUGAGAGGGGCUCUGCUUGGGCAGAUGUCGGGACAUCGACAGACCACCUCUCUGGCCCAGCGGGGCUCUCUGACGCCCAGCUCAGUGUGUUGUGCACUGAAGUCUGGCCCGUCAUGGCCCUGAUCGGAGGGGUGGACAGCGGUCUCCGUGCUGGAGGGACCUGUCUGCACAAACCCAGCGGUCGACGGGCGACUCUGCUCGGGGUCUUGAAAGAGGGAAGCCCCUUGGCUAAGCUUCAGUGGGAGGAGACAGAUUUUACUGUGAGCUUCCUGAAUUCUUGGUCACCCAGCGACACGCCUCUCUCCUCCCUGGAGCCGUGUGACGUCCCCCAGCUGGACAUGUCCCGCUGCCGUGGCCUCAAGCCCUCCAUGUUGUUCGACCUCAUCCUGAUGACCGGCAUCUUAGAAGAGCAAGAGCCGCCUCCUGGAUCAUCCGAAACAUCUGGAUUGUCACGAAACCGAAUCAGCUCUGAGGGCGGCCCGCGUAGAGAGCUGGAGAGAUGUUUGGAUGAGGACAUCGCUCGUAUUAUGAUGGAUGAAGAGAGAAUGAGCUGUCCGGUGGAUGAGGACAGAAAUAAAGUGGAAGAGAGGAGAGAUGAGAACCAAGAUGACACAUUCAGAUCCCUCAUACAGUCAAACGAGGAGAGUGUUGGCACCCCCUGUCCACCAAUACUUGCGCCACAACCCAGAGUGGACUUCUUUGCUUUGGAAAUGCGCGCAGUCCGCAUUUCCUACCUCCUUUUGGGGGCGCUAAAAUCUCUGGCUGUCAUUUUGAGCUGCGGGAAGUUCACAGAUCUCCUGCUGGUUCCCAAAUCAGAUGCAGGGGUCAAUGUAAGUAGCCCCGACCCAGCGAGAGCCUCUGCUGGUGGGGAGGAGAACGGCGAGCUGCGCUCUGUGCUGCAGUUUGUGGUGCGGAGCAUGGUGAAGUGGGCCGUCAGAACCUGUCCGAUCAAACAGGCCAUGGCUUUAUCAGACCUCGAGAGGGCCCAGAUCAUCAUCUUUAAAGGAGUGCUGAGCAGACUGCACGAGGAUGGAAGCAAAGAACACAAAGAUUCAGGAGGUCACUCGUCCUCUCAGCCCGUGUCCAAAUCUUCCAGUUCAGUCUCGCUUUACAGCAACGGCUCUGAAGGCACCGCCAUCUUCGGCCAAUCAGCUUCACCCUCCACCAAUGACCUCACAGCCUCGCUCCUCACCGCCCUGCAGGCUGACAGCCUGGAGAACUUUAACCCUUUCCUUCCCAUCAACCUGCUACAGCGGAUGGUACUGGCACGUUUUCCCACAUUGGCAGGUCUCGUCCACAGUCCGGUUCUGCCCCCCGGGCUCAGCCUGACGAGCUCAGCCUCCUGUGAGGGCUUCACUGAGCAGCAGACCAGCUUCCUGGAGCCCUGCGGUCAGACCAGGACCCCCGUGGAACAGCCCCAAGUGUUUGUCCCAGUGCGAUUGCUUGAAAUGGGCUUCUCAAUGAGACACAUCUACAGGGCCAUGGAGGCAGCAGGGGUCACUGGAGAGGUGGACUCACGCACCAUUGAGGUGCUGGCGAGCUGGAUGCUGGAACAUCCCAUCACAGGAGAGGGCUCAUCUGCAUGGGGCGCCACUGAUACGCCCUCCUCUGAAGGGCCAGAGACGGUCCAGUGCCCUGAGUCUCCAGCUCCUCUCACCCUACAGGAAAGCAGAGAACCCAACGAGAGAGAAGAGCACCCAGAGCCUCAUGAGAUGGUGGAGUGUGAGCUGUGUAACACACUCACCCUGCAGUUCAACAACCACAUGAAGCGCCAUCACCCGGGAUGCGGUCAGAGCGCCAGUCGCCGUGGUUACCGCAGCAAUGGAGCCUACGUGGACGGCUGGUUCGGAGGCGAAUGCGGAUCAGGCAGCCCAUACUACCUCCUGUGCACUGCAUGCAGGGAAAAGUACCUAGCCUCCAACCUGGGGGUUAUGAGCUCCAAACAGGACAGGGCAAGAGGCUUGGCGUCUGAUCUGAUUGGUCAAUUAGAUGGUACAUCAGAAGAUGAAUGGGAUCUAGGUAACCAGGAAGACUCGGAUUCAGGCAGGCUUACAGGUUUGGAGGACUUUGGGAUUCUUCUGAGGCCUUUGGGUCUGAGUGAGAAGAAGCCCGUGCCCGACCCAAUCCCCUUCACUGAACACGACCCACUUGGAGCCCUCGUUAGUGGCUCGGUCAGCGGAGACAACAACCUGCUUUACAAAGGUGUUGUCAGCACCGAACUGAAGAGCUCCUCGGUUCCUCUGAGUCUCGGGCAGCAGGCAGCAUCCCUGCGGGAGCCCCAGGAGAGACUGUUGGCUCUGAGGAGAGUCGUCACCACCGCUCAGAUCCUGCUGGCCUACAGUAUGGUGAUGAGAGCUCUCUCACAGACCUCCACCAGUAGUUCAGUGUGUAAUCAGUCCAGUGGUCUGGAGGCUCUGGGUCUGGCUGACAUCCGUAUCCUGGUGCGGCUGAUGUGUCUGGCAGUGGGGGGGCGUGUCCACACAGGCAUGGACCAGCAGGGAAUGGGGCGUGGCUCUAUGAGCGAUCGCACAGGCUCCGCCUUCCUGUCCUUCCUCAGCUCUGCUAUCGGCAGUUUAGUGUCCCAAAGUCCUGCUGCCUACAGAGAGUUAGUGGACAUCUGCACUCAGGAUCUCAUGGCAGCAGCUACAGGGAUGAACAUCAGCGCUAUCACCGGUCCGCAGCAGAGGAUGAGGCAAAGCUCUGCCCUCAAGGGGGCGCCACAGGAGCCGAGAGAACUGACCCCUCCCACCUUCCUGGUCACACAGAGUCUGGUGUCCCUCCUGACAGAGAAAGGCGUUCGAUACCGUUAUAAUGUGGAAAGAAGUGAUUCCACUGAAUCAAAGGAAGGUGGAAGCCCUCCACCCUCAGGUCCUCCUCUCUCUCAAGCUGGAGUGCGGGUCGGGCCGCUGGAGCUGGCUAAUGCUCUCGCUGCCUGUGCCCUCUCGGCCAGGCUGACCAGCAGACACCGACAGUGGGCGGCACAACAGCUGGUCCAGGCCUUGGCGGUCUCUGAGAAAGACAACACGGCCAGACCCCAGACAUACAGCGACAUGGCCGGAGAUCUGCACAAGUGUCCCAUCAAGAAGCUGGAAGGACAUCAGAACAGGGUGAGCAGCUGCAGCUGGAGUUCAGAACAAGGUCUGUUGGCCACCGGCUCUCAGGACGGGACUGUUCGACUGUGGGCUGUAACGCCGAACACCGCAGAACUGCAGCACACACACACCUGCAGCGUCAGUGAGGAUGCUCAGAGCUCAGAUUGUUCAAUGGGAUCGCAUUUGCUGUCCGCUGUAUCGUGGAGCGCAGGGGGAACUCUAUUGGCCGCCUUCCAGAACAAACUCAUCAACAUCUGGACCGUCAGUGGUGCUCAGGCACACAUGGAGGCUCAAUCCUCCUGGGUCACUGCACUCUCGUGGGUUCAGACCUCCACUCCGUUCCUCAGUCAGGAAGCCUGCAGUCAGGUCAGCCCUCCUGAGAGUCUGCUGGUGGGCCGGCUGGACGGCUCCCUCUGCUGGCUGGAGGUCACAGACGACUUGAGGGUGGAGCGAACAGAGCUCACUCACUGCUACAGGAAAGAAGCUCCUCAGUGUCUGGCCUGGUACAGUGUUGAUAAACCCUUUGCCAUGGGCUAUCCCGAUGGCAAAAUUCUACUAGCAACAGCAGACGAAAUCGACCCGCCUAUUCUGCUAACAGCAUUUCCUGAGAGUGUGAGUGCGCUCAGGUGGGACCCUACCGGUCAUCUGCUGCUGUCUGUGGGCCGCUCUGAGGUGGUGAAGAUCUGGGGUCGUGCCAGCGGUGCGUGGCUCACCCUCCACUCUCUGUUCCACACGGGCACUGUCAACACGGCCGAGUGGUGCCCUCUGCCCGGGAGAGGACCGGAGCCUCGCCUUAUGAUGGCAGUUGGAUGUCAAAAUGGCCUCCUGUAUGUGUGGAAUCUUCCUCAAGGGGGUGCUAAUGUCUCGGUGCCCAAUUUCCUCACCCCGUCUACCAGCCAAGACAAGAGCAGUGCCAGCAAGCGGUGUAAUGCUAAAUGUGUGUUCCGCCUGAGUGGACACAUUACCGCGGUAAAGACCCUGUCAUUUUGUCCCAGUGGACUUGCGCUCGUGUCUGGAGGAAUCGGAGGGGUGCUCAACAUCUGGUCUCUCAGGGAUGGUUCGGUCCUGCAGACUGUGGUUACAGGAAUGGGCUCUGUGGUUUGUGCCACCUGGAUCCCACACAUAGGGGUGACCGCUUGUUCUAGAAGAUCUAAGGAUGUUUUGCUAAUUCGCUGUACCCCAGACUGGAUCUCUCAGAAUCACGUUCUGGCCUCCUGCCGUUCCGCUCUACGCAGUCAGGGCAUUCUGGGAUUGAAUCGUGCCCCCUGCAUGGCCGUCUUUCUUGAGCGCCUUCCCACAUUGCUUCAGGAGCAGUACAACUAUGAGAAAAGUCAUGUGAUGGCGGGCGAUCAGUUGACCCACAGUGCCUUUCUUCAGAGUCUGGCCACUCUGGCCAUGGGUCUCUUCUUGGAUCAGUUACUGUGCUGUCAGUCCAGACCGCCUCAUCACAGCGGGACGGGGCCGGAUCAGGACGUGCCCCCUGGAUCCUUCUGCCCCUCAGAGUGGAACUGGCUUUCCAUCUAUUCAACCACAGUGAAGAGCGCAGAGGCGUUUGCUCGUGGCACCGCCUUCCCAGAAUCCUUCAUUGCACCUGAAUUCCAUCAUUCUGGAUCCACGGAGUUGACCAAACCAUUGGACAACAGUAAAUGGACCUUCAUGAUGGAUGAACAGCUCAUGUCCUGGGCGACCAGCAGACCUGAAGACUGGCAGCAGGGUGGUAAAAGUGAGGUGUAUUUGUGGGGUAACGGACGUCACGGGCAGCUGGCGGAUGCUGGAACCAGCGCGUCUGUGCCCACACUCGCUCCCUCUCUCUCGCAGACUCAACAGGUUGUGUGCGGUCAGAACUGCACGUUCCUGGUUCAGGCUAACGGUACGGUUCUGGCUGUAGGGGAGGGCAGUUAUGGGCGACUCGGACAGGGUAACUCAGACGACCUCUACACCCCAACUAUCAUCUCAGCUUUACAAGGUUAUGUAGUGACUCAGCUGGUGACAUCAUACGGGUCUGAUGGCCACUCAUUGGCUCUCACUGAGACCGGAGAGGUGUUCAGCUGGGGUGAUGGGGAUUAUGGGAAACUCGGCCACGGGAACAGUGAAAGGCAAAGGCGACCCAAACAGAUCGAGGCUCUGCAGGGAGAGGAAGUGGUGCAGCUGGCUUGUGGGUUCAAACACUCAGCCGUCAUCACAGCGGACGGAAAACUCUAUACCUUUGGCAGUGGAGAUUCUGGACGCUUGGGUCAAAGGUCAACUUCAAACAAGAUGGUCCCGGAGAGAGUGACAGCACUGGAUGGGUACCACAUUGGACAGGUGUCAUGUGGUAUCAAUCAUACUUUGGUCCUGUCAUCAGACGGCCUGAGCAUGUGGGCUUUCGGAGACGGUGAUUAUGGUAAACUGGGUAUUGGACCAUGUACAGUGAAAUGCUACCCACAGAAAGUGGAGGCUCUUUGCAAUAAAGGCAUUAAAAAGGUUGGAUGUGGAACACAUUUCUCAGUGGUUCUGGCCAAAGAUGGACACGUCUACACAUUCGGCCAAGAGCGUCUGAUAGGUCUGCCGGACUCCAUGCUGAAGAAUCACAACCGGCCGCAGAUCAUUCCCGCUCUGGAGGGUGUCUUCAUUGUGGACAUUGCUGUGGGCUGUGAACACAUCCUUGCUUUAUCCAACACUGGAGACGUGUAUGCAUGGGGCUGCAACUGUGAGGCCCAGCUGGGUCUGGGCCAUUCCAAUCCUGUCAAAGAGCCCACUCUGGUUACUGCUCUGCAGGACAAGAAGAUCAGGCAGAUCUCAGCUGGACGCUGUCAUACCUCGGCCUGGACCACACCGGCUCUGUCAACCAGAGCUUCAGGUUGUUCAGGGAUACAGCUGGGUCUGCCUCAGUCCGUGCCUCCGCAGUAUAACGCCCUCAAAGACUGCAGCCCUGAAGUGCUAAACACCCGUCUCAGAGUGCUGUACCACUUCUCUGAUCUAAUGUACAAGUCCUGGAGGCUUCUGAACCUCGACCCCCGCAGUCAGGUAAAUGCUUCCCGCUACAGCUCAGGUACCGCCGCCAUCGUACAGGGCCAACUCAGAGGCCUCCUGUCCCCGAAAGUCAACACACUUCCUCUCGUUCGCACUAUCGGCAGAACCAUGACCCAGGGAAAGACCUACGGUCCCCAGAUUACAGUCAAACGGAUCUCCACCAGGGGGCGCUCUAGCAAGCCCAUUUUUGUGCAGAUCGCCAAACAGGUGGUGAACCUGAACCCUACUGAGCUGCGUCUGCCCUCCAGAGCAUGGAAGGUGAAGCUGGUUGGAGAAGGGGCGGAUGAUGCUGGUGGCGUUUUUGACGACACCAUUACCGAAAUGUGCCAGGAGUUGCAGUCAGGUGUGGUCGAGCUUCUCAUUCACACUCCUAACAGCUCUGCAGAUGUUGGUAGCAACACGGACAGGUUCUUGCUGAACCCAGCAGCAGUCUCAGAUGAUCACAUGGUGCAGUUUCGCUUCUUGGGGAUCCUAAUGGCGGUGGCCAUUCGAACCAAAAAGCCCUUGGAUCUGCACCUGGCGCCGUGGGUGUGGAAACAGAUGUGCUGUAUUCCUCUGGGAGCCGCCGACCUGGAGGAAGUGGACCUGCUCACACACCGCUCACUUCAGGGCAUCUUACACCUGGACAACAGCGUGAUCAAUGAAGAGAACUUCACAGUGAUGAUCCCUCUGGACUCGUUUGUGGCUCACAGUGCUGAUGGCACAUUGGUUCCCGUGAUUCCUGGUGGGCAUAACGUCCCUCUGACAUUCUCCAACAGGAACGAUUAUGUGGAGAGAGCCUUGCACUACAGACUUCAGGAGAUGGACAGACAGGUGGCAGCAGUGAGGGAGGGCAUGUCCUCAAUCAUCCCAGUCCCGUUGCUUUCCCUGCUCACGGCUCGACAGCUGGAACAGCUGGUGUGUGGCUUGCCCGAGGUCUCUGUGGAAAUGUUGAAGAAGGUGGUACGAUACCGUGACAUUACUGACAGCCAUCAGCUUAUUGGCUGGCUGUGGCAGAGCCUCGAGGAAUUCACCAAUGAGGAGAGAGUCCUGUUCCUGCGCUUCGUGUCCGGACGUUCCAGACUGCCGUCCAAUCCGGCAGACAUCACACAAAAAUUUCAGAUCGUCAAAGUUGAUCGGCCUGUGAACGGACUUCCUACGGCCCAGACGUGCUUCUUCCAGCUGCGUCUUCCUCCCUACAUGAGCCAGGCCAUACUAGCCGAGCGCCUACGCUAUUCCAUUCACAACUGCCCCUCCAUAGACAUGGACAACUACAUGCUGUCACGCAAUACCGACCCGGCAGACGUCUCCGACACCGAGUACUAACGCGGCCCUCGCAAAAACUGACUCUAUAAUGCUACAAAGCACAUAAUAACCCUCAUAAAUGCCUCCGGUUCUUCCUCAUACAUGCAAUACAGUUCUCAGUCACAAAGCCUCACGUACGUACUCUCUGCGGUACCCAGAAUGCACUGCAGACGCCAGUUCUUCCACAAGGUCAAAGGGAGAAUAUUUAAGCAAUUCAGUUCUUUAUUUAUUCCUUUUUGUAUCAUCUUCGUGUCUCUGAAUGUUGCAGGAAAGUUUCUAAAACUAAAAAAAUAUUACAAUACAUUACAAGUGCCGUGCCUGGAAUGGUCGCAAGGUUUCUUCUCUUGGCGUUAGCGACAGAAACUGGGGUUGGUUCGUAGGUGAGCACUUGGCAGCUAGCUUCCUUUCCCAGUUUAUGCCAAAGGCUAUUAAACUACUGUACUGUACACGAUA